AACACUGAGCUAUUGCGCGGAAUUCGUUUUUCGAAUAAACAACUUAAGUUUCGAGUCACCUUUUGAAUAGAUGAUGAAUACGAAACAAAUUGAGAGAACUUGUGUGUCAAAAAUCAAUAGCAAUCUAUAAAAUUGGAAUAAAAUAUACAUGCGUUCUCGUAUAUACAAUAUGAGAAACAUAUUUAGCAAAACAUCAUCAUUUGGUAUAGGACUUGAGAAGGAUCGGUGCGUGUGCGAAAUUAGCGUGUUAAUGAAUUGCGUUCGAUCAACCUAACACAUAAAGAAAACGUUACCGAGUUACGAGAGUUAUACAUCUGAAAACGUCGCGUUAUGAAUCACGUUGAUAAACUUGUCGGAAUAAAUUAUCAAGUAUAAAUAUCUACGAACUCUAUUCGACAAGUUUAUAAUAAUGUACUUGUCGGUAUUACCGUCCAACUUGUACCAGUAAAAGUGUCCGACAGUAGUCCUAUACGAAUGAUAAGACUUAGGCGUAGUUGACCAAUACAUAAACCGAGUUUAGCUUGCGCCGUCGUUUGCUAAAUUGUAAAAUCAAAGCUCUCGGAGAGCACAGAUUAGGGACACUCGUAAUUCAUUACUCUCGUCAUCAUUUUUUAUUCGUAUAUUUCAUCAAUCCUGCUCGUAGUUGGGUAUACUUGGUACACUACCAUCUGGGACUCCCAAGAAUCCCGUAUUGUGCGCAUGAGUACAAAGGCAGGAAACGCAGUCGCUUGCAGUCUGCUCGGGAUCUUGUAUGGUGAGGUUUCGUGUUACGUCUUACUGCAACUCUGACCGUGCGAAAUCAGCUAUAGCUUCUCAAACUCUCAGAAUGAACGAUAACACCACGACUGCUUAUGAGGAUGAGAAUGAUAGUGAUAACACACCAUCACUGUUAUCUGAUCUAGCCAAUAUAGAAGUCGAGUGCAAAAUAGAACCAUCCGACCACGAAUUAACCGAAGAUUCACCAGCAUACGAUGAAGUCUUAUUUCACAUUCCAGUGUUCGCUCCUAAAAUUAAAAAUCCAAUAAUUUUAUUAGAAAAAUGUGAUAAUAUUUGGAAAACAUUACAAUUAAUAAAAACUGUACAACCCGAGCAAACAACAUCAAAUGAAGAUUACAGUAAAGAAGAAGAGAAAGAAGAAGAACAUAAUAAAGAAAAAGAAAUAAAAAAAGAGAUAGAGGAGGAAGAAGGGUUGGAAAGGGAAGAGGGAGAAGAGGCAGAAGAGUCUUCCGCGAAAUCAACUGUCAUCACAGGAAAUAAUAGCGGUAGCAUAAAAAAAAGUGUACAAUCUAGUAAUUCCAAAGAGAAUCAAUUAUUCCUGGAAAAAACAUUCAAUUCAAAACCCAAUGUGGUUAAUAUUAAGUCAGGUAGAAAUACUAAAGACAGUAAAACUAUUUGUUCAUGUGGAAGAUCUUUUCGUAAUCCUCACACUUUGUUCAUCCAUAAAGAACAAUGUAAUUUUGAUGCUCAAGAAAAUAAAAGAACACAGAGUAGAAAACGUAGUUAUGAUGAUAAAGACUUUGGAAAUGGUAUUAAUAUAACAAUCAAAAAGCGAAAUGACUCCUAUGAAAUAGUUGGUAAGGAUAUUGAUGACAAAUCCGAUAAGUCUAUCCAAAUAGAAAAUUCUUUCUCGGUUGCACCGUCCAAGUCAUCUGAUCAUACUACCAAAGACAAUACAUCCACUAAAUCAGAAGUGGAUAUAAUUCAACCAUCUGAAUACAGUAAGGAUCAUAGCAUUAUGAAGUUAGAAAUUGUAGAUGAAGAUUUGGUCGUAGAUAUUGAAGACGAUGUUGCAGUUAAUACUGAUAAAACUGACACAAUAAAACAGGUAACUGCUCCAGAAUGUGAUGAAGGAUAUUUAUUACAACAAGAUCAAACAAAUGAUGAAAAAAAUACAAACACUACAGUUUCUGACAAGAUGUUAAAGGAAAUACAUGAUGACGUUUCUGAAGUUUUUGCAGAACGCCAAGUAAAGAAUACAUUAGAGGAUAAAAAAGUAUUGAAAGAUAAUGUUCAAGAAAAUAGUCAGACUAAAGAACAGAAAAAUAAUCCGGUUAAAAACCAAGAAAUACACCAGGAGAAUAAGAUGGAGUUACGAUCUUACAAACGAUCACGAAGUGCCAAUUUUGAGAAUUUUGAUGAUACAUUUACCAGAAGAUAUGAUAGAGAAUUUGAGAGACCGCAACUUUAUAUGACGAAAAUGGGUUCUUUGAAGUGUGGAUAUUGUAAUGAACAAUUCGGCAAUACUAAUUCAUACGAUAACCAUCAGUGUGUUGUUAAAGAAGGGAAACCUUUUGAUAGUUUUUCCUUAUACUUGCCAUGCUUCUAUUGUAGCGAAGUGUUGAACACUUAUCAAGAAUAUGACCAACAUAUGAGAAUUAAACAUUUAGAUGACAUGUAUAAUUGUUACCAGUGCCCUGAGCGAUUCAGACACGACAAAGCACGAUUAAAUCAUUUACAAAAUUAUCAUGACGAUAUGUCUUGUCGAAUUUGCAACAAGAGGAUGAACACCUCGACCAAAAUCCUACAUGAAGGUUAUCAUUUUGGCUUUGGAUAUCCUUGCCACAAAUGUAAGAAAGCUUAUACCACUAAAAAGAAUCUUUCCUAUCACAAAUCUACAAUACAUCCAGCUGGAGGUGAUAGUCUGAUAACUUGUAGCAUAUGUUUGAAAUCUAUAAAACUGAAAACCUUUCGGGGACACAUGGCUACGCAUAAACAUAACGACUGUCAUUUCUGUGGCAAAAUGUUUGCUAAUAGGACAGGAAUAGAAUAUCAUACAAUGAUAUAUCACG